AUGUCCCUCGACUUCACCACCUUCCACAACAUCAUCGCCGGCCAGCCGCGCUCCGCCGCCACCGUCCACGCGGGCGUCUCGCCGCUCACCCGCGCCAAACUGUGGGACGUCCCGGUCGCGACCGCGCAGGAUGUCGACGACGCGGUCGCUGCUGCCGCAGCGGCCUUCCCCGGCUGGGCGGCGCUGCCCUACACCGAGCGCACGCGGCUGCUGGGCGAGUUCGCGGAUCUCUACCUGCAGCAUGCCGAGGAGUUUGUGGAGCUGUUGAUGGCGGAGACGGGGCGGAGUCAAGACACAAGGGAACACCAAGCUGACGCGUGUUCAGCCAAGUACACCCUCCCCGAGACGAAGCACGAAGACGACGAGCUCGUAGCGAUAACCAAGUACGAGCCGCUGGGCGUGGUCGCCGCCAUCUGUCCGUGGAACUCAAUGGGCAAAAUCGCCCCCGCAAUAGCAACAGGCAACACCCUCAUCGUCAAACCCUCACCAUUCACCCCCUACACCACCCUCAAACUCAUCCACCUCGCGCAACGCAUCUUCGCCCCGGGGAUCCUCCAAGCCCUCAGCGGCGACGACACGCUCGGCCCCCUCCUCGUCCACCACCCGCGCAUCCAGAAGAUCUCCUUCACGGGGUCCACGGCCACCGGCCAGAAGAUCCUGCGCGGCUGCGCCGAGACCAUGAAGCGGUUUACCCUGGAGACCGGCGGGAACAACGUGGGGAUUGUUUUCCCGGAUGUGGAUGUUGCGGCGACGGCGGCGAAGAUUGCGGGCGGCUUGUGGUUUAAUGCGGGGCAGGUGUGUAUCAAUGCGCGGCGGCUGUAUGUGCAUUCGGCUGUUUAUGGGGAGUUUGUGCGGGUUUUGGGGGAUGUCACGCAGAAGAUGGCGGGGGGUGUGGGGCCGGUGCAGAAUGAGAUGCAGUUCGAGAAGGUGCAGGCGGUGCUGCGGGAAUGUCAGGAAUUAGGGCUGAGGUUUGUGGCGGGUGGGGAGGAGGGGAAGAAGGGGGGCGAGGAGCAGGGGCUGUUUGUUCGGCCCGUCGUGCUGGAUAAUCCGCCGGAUGAGGCGGGGGUCCUGCAGGAGGAGGUUUUUGGGCCUGUCGUCUCUUGCAAGCCGUUCGAUACCGCGGAUGAAGUGGUGCGCAUCGCGAAUGAGGGCACCACCGGGUUGAGUGCGAUUGUCUGGACGGCGGAUGCGGAGUUGGCGGAGAGAGUGUCGGCUCAGUUGGAUGUCGGGAAUGUGUUUGUGAACGGGCCGCCCAAGCCAAAUGCCUACGUGCCCUUUGGCGGCCACAAGCUGAGCGGCAUGGGGGUCGAGUAUGGGCUGGAGGGGCUGUUGGGGUUCUGCCAGGUCAAAUCGGUGCAUGUGUACAAGUAG